AUGGAGUCGCCGGACACCGAGAGCAAGCCUAGCGACCUGCCAGAGGUGGUCCCGCAGAACUACCCUAUAGCGCACGCCUAUAUCCGCCCGCGGAUCGAGCCCGGCGAACCGGCUCCCAAGUAUCUGGCCUACGACCAGACGGACAAGGAGGCGGUCGACCGAGCGGACAUCGUCAGCCCGCUGACCCCAGCCGGCCUGCAGAUUCCGGAUUCCCCAGUGCAGCGGGGGCAGCAACCCGCCGACGAUGACAGCGUGCCGACGGAGAAGCCGCGGCGCAAGAUAUGCGGGUUCGCCGCGAGGAAAUUCUGGAUCGUGCUGCUGCUCGCCUUGAUCGUCAUCGCCGCCGCGAUUGGGGGCGGUGUUGGCGGCGGUAUCGCGGCAUCCAAGGCGCAGCGUGACCGUGACGCCCAGCAAUCGAAUGGGCCGGCUAGCACCACCCCGGCACCGACGCGCACGUCCGGCUCCCCGUUGACGUCAACCAAGACGUCCACGACGCCCGGGACCGCCACACCAACCGCGGACUUCAAUGUCACCAAGUACGACUUCUCGUUCCAGUCCUGGGAGCAGCCCAACUUCACGGGUCGGGCGUCGGACAAGUAUGACGAGGUCGGCGCCCAGAUGUUUGGCUUCAACUCGACGAGCUACAUAUGGGAGCCCAACGGCACCGACUGCUGCGUGUCGUUCUGCGCGUCGACGGAGCGGGGCGGGUACUGGUGUGACAAGAAGACACAGCGGCAAGCGUCCGGGCCCUUCAACUUGAUCAUUAUCGCUUGCGGGGCGGACGAGAGACUGAAUAGCUCGUCAGCAAAGCGGUGCGAUCGUUUCAACCAGACCAGCCUAUACGAUGACCUCUAUGUUUUCCCUGGAUCAGCAAAUUCAGGAAGACACUAA